AGAAAUGCGUCAAUUUAUAGGGGUAGUAUAUAUGAUGUCACUGAUUCAGCUACCCAGAGUGACCAACCACUGGAGUUCCGUCUUGGGUACACCUGUAAUUCAACAGACCAUGCCUUCUAAUAAAUUUGAAAAGAUUAGACAAUAUCUGCAUUUUAAUGAUAACACUAAAUGUCUACAUAGGACCCACCCUGACUCCGAUAGGAUCUUCAAAAUUCGCCCAGUCGUUGAUGCCUUGAACGAAUCUUAUGGUAAAGUUCCAUUAGAAAAACAACUUCGUGUAGAUGAGCAAAUUUGCUCUACAAAAGCGCGUAACAUGCUGAAAAGGUAUAAUCCCAAGAAACCGCAUAAGUGGGGUUAUAAAUUAUAUGUUUUGAGUGGUGUUUCCGGUUUUGCUUAUACAAUAGAGAUUGAAUCUGGCAAAGAGAAUGUUGUCAGACCCGACGAGCCAGAUUUAGGAGCUUCUUCCAAUGUAGUAGUGAGAUUAUCGCGUAUGAUUCCGCGACACCAAAAUUACAGGCUCUAUUUCGAUAACUACUUCACAUCCUUGCAUCUUUUGGAAUAUUUAGCAAAAGAAGGUAUUCUUGGGCUAGGUACUAUUAGAAGGAAUAGAAUACCUGACUGCAAGCUGUCGUCAGAAAAAGAGAUUAUGAAGAAAGAUCGAGGAUAUUCUGAAGAGUACAUAGCUGAUGUCAACGGCGUCGACGUGUCAACGGUUGUAUGGAAGGACAAUAAGCUUGUUACAUUGGCUUCCACAUUUACUGGUCUAAAUCCUAUAAGCGAAGUCCGGAGAUACGACAAAAAGAACUCAAGAUACAUAAACAUCCCGCGACCUAAUGUUGUGAGCGAGUAUAACCGUCAUAUGGGCGGUGUGGACCUUGUAGAUAGCAUUAUGGGCAUCUACAAGAUAAAACUGAGAAGCAAACGUUGGCAGAUGCGUCUCUUCUAUCACUUCUUAGACCUAACAAUGGCUAAUGCAUGGCUGUUCUAUAAAAGAGUCUGCAAGUAUAAAAACAUUCCCAACAAGACCAUCAUGGCAUCUGCAGAUUUUCGCCUGGAAAUUGCCGAAACAUUGUGCAAGAUGGGGGUGAUAACGGGUUUAACAAUACGCCGAUCUAUUGAAGGUCAAAUCCUAGCAAAGAAACACAAAGGACCUGCCCAACAUGUACCUCCACAAGCAGUCCGCCAAGAUCAAGUCGGUCACUGGCCUCAAUGGGCAGAAAAAAAAAUCCGUUGUAAGUUCCCAAAGUGUGCUGGAUUUACUCAUACGGUGUGUGAUAAAUGCGGCGUAGCUUUAUGUUAUACCAAAAACAAAAAUUGUUUCAGGAAUUUCCAUCUGUUGUAACUGAUUUACAUUCUUCUCAAUUAAAGUGAUAUUAACUAAUUUUUACUGUUGUAACUCAUUGUUGCCUAGGAGCUACACUCCCUUUUUUGUAGUAUUAUGCUUGAUUUAUAAAAAAUUACAUAAUUUUAAAAAAUACGUAUUUUAUUAAUUUCAUAAUCCUAUCCGAUUCCAUGAAAAAUAUGUAAUUUUAAGAUUUUGAGUUAUAGAGGGUUAAUAUAAAAUAUAUCUAAUAUUUCAGAAAGGAACUUUAAUCCUUACAUUUUCCGAUUGAAUUAAUCCCCCCCCCCCCCCUUCCCUCCCCGUCAUGGAAUCUGUCAAAUAUUUCACCUCAUUACUAAGUGUUGCUGCCCUGGUGUCAGAAAUGUCGUGGCCCUCAAUACAAAGUUGAAUUGAAAGUAUAUUAGAAAACGUUACCUUCAUGAAUGUUUGACUUGUUACAUGAGAGAAAACUAAAUUUUGUUAUCAAUGGCUAAAGUUGUGGCAGGUAUUUUGUUAGUAUAAGGCUAAUGGCAGUAUUUCUAUAGUAAGUAUAGGUGCUUUAAAUUUUCUGUAAUCCCAGUGUUCGUAACCCGUGCCGACACACGUUGAAUUUGAUGAAGUUGUGCCUCAAAAGUUAUAGUGUAUUCAUACAUUCAUACAUUUGUUAGACGAGCGUAGAUAGGUGUGACAUAUUUUUAUUAUGUCAGUUUGUAGAUUUUUAUACGAGCGUUUCAUAUUGUUCUAAAUGUUAAUAGAUACGUGAAUGUAUAGCAAGUUGAUACUCUAUGAAUUUUAAUAUAGUUUGGUAAGAGUUGUGCUCUUUUAGUUCUGCAAAGGAAAUUCGCUCUUGUCAGGUUGGCUAAAUUGCGUAUAAUUUAAAUUUUGCUCGUUUAAGGUGAAAGCGCCAGGGUAACCCGCGAAAUUCAAAUUUUAUUAAGUUUUUUGCAAUUUGUAGGUCAGUGUCAGGUUGUAUGUUUAACAAAAUAUGAUUCGCGACCGUAACAAACGUGGUAGAGCCAUGCUGCAGCUAUAUUAGUACUAUAGUUGUAGCACGAAUGGGUCGGCUCGACCGAGGAACGACUACGCUCUCACAGAUAUAUAAUACCAAAUAUAUAAUACCAGCGUAUAAUAACAGCUUAACACUGCUGUGUUUCGAAUGGUGAGUGGAGAGAACCGGAGACCCUUUUUACUUGAAAAAGAGGCAUUCCAUCUUAGUCCUCACGGGUGAUAACGCAUCUGCAUUUUGAUUCGCCAACGAGGAUAGAUGUAGAUGUCUAUGGGCCACAGCAACCACUUACCAUUAGGUGGACUGUGUGCUCGUUUGUCACCCUAUCCUAUAAAAAAACCGAGUAUGUAUUGGUGAUUUUAAUGACUCGUUACGGUCGCGAAUCAUAUUUUAUUAAACACAAUCUGACCCUGACCUGCAAAUUACAAAAAACGCGUGCCACCCUGAAGCUUUCACCUUAAGUAACAUUAUUUAUGUAAGUAAAAAUAAAAUGCGUUAAUAUUUUUUACUGUUAGACAUAUUAGCCACUUACGGUAUAUUAGGCGCUUCAUAUUCAAGUAUGUCUGGUUUGAUUAACUCUGUACAACGUCUGUUGAUAAAGUUUAUUAACAUAAAUAUUAUGUCUCUUAACCGCAAAAAGGAGCCAGCUUCACCUUGACCCCUUUUUUCCGAAAUAUAUCACUGGAACACACCGAUACCGACAGUUGUUGGGGUUAAGAUAUUCUGAAAACUCAACAUUGGGCGAUUCAUUGAGUCUAGGGCAAAAGCAGCUGCAAGGAAGUAAGAUGGUCUUGCAAAGGUGCCGCGGUACUUCACGCCGAGACAGCUGCACACUAUUAAAAAUCAAAGUCCGGUCGUGCAUUGACAAUUGCUUCCAUAUAGGCUGGUGCUACAAAAUGCCGCCUAGUGGCUUUGGACUAAAUGAAAAGGCGUGAAGAGGCGUAGUGGUUACCAAAAUUUGGUUAAAGCCCAUCUUUCUAGUUUCGAGCACAAGUACAAAGUAGCUAGCCUUUCGGUGUUCCACAGGAUACAUUUCGGAGAGUGUGCGUAGGAAUUGCAUGACUUAAUUUCUCUCAUCCUUUCACCAUCGGACAACCAGACUACCAGUCCACUCCACCCCUUUGUAGACGACGUCCGCGAAUUCGAACCGAACGGCUUGCUUCGUAGUGGAAUAAUUUGCCAGUAUUUGUUUCCGUCCGAUAACAGUGCAAACACAAUAAGAGCCAGACCUUGGAACUCAAUAUUAAAAAGAUUUUGUUCUCAAAUGAUGGCGUAUAUUGACGUACGCGGUUCCUAUAUUAAUACAUUUUCAUUACUUAUUUAUUUUAUGCUAUUUACCUAAAUGUUACCUAAAUAUUCCUGUGUGAAUUUCGUUAGCAGAGCUAAAUGUAUCGAAUGCUUUUGUAAGGAAUGUAUUAGAUAAUAAUUUAUAUUAAUUAUAUCAAAAAAUGAGUAUUAUGUGAUCACUAUAAUGUGCCAAUGUCUCUGUAAAAGACGUAGUUUAGUAUAAAUUGGAUAGCAACAUUGCAGGGAAUCCUGUUUCUAGUAUCAACGCAGUACUCGCAUGAAAAUUGUAAGUGUAUUACGAGCGUUCAUUUGAUGUUCUUUCCGAAACCACGUCUAACUGUUAGCCGUCACUGCGAAAAAAACUAAAAAGGUCAAUAUAUUAGGAAUACGCCACUUAAGAUAUUUAUUUCCCAUAAACACGGCGCAUGCUAUUUAUCUCAAAAAAGUAGGUAUAUAAAUCAGUUCAUAACAUCAUGUUUGGUAUGGCCGGACAUGUAAAAAAAAUAUCUAAGAAUAGUGGGCUAACUUCAUUUAUUGAAGUUAUACUUCUUUUGGAGCGUUUGGGAAAAAUGAUGAGAUUGAAUUUAUACGAUACGCGCGCGCACCGACACCUAAAAACGACACCAUUUAGUUGUUACGACGCGCGCGCACACUGACACCUAAAAGCGACAACUUCAGUGGGUAAUUGUCUAAAGUUUGUUUUUUUUUGACGCUAAAGAAGUAUAACUUCCUACGUGCGUACAUAAGUACACACAUACACACACUUUUUUAUAAUUUUUUUUUAAAAGUUCAGAAAUUCAUUACAAAUUUUGAUCUGGAAAGACAUACGAAGAAAGCAAAUUAAGCACAAGCUUUUUUAACACUCGCUAUACUGUUAAAAUUAAAUGUGAUUUUUUUUUAAUUUCUACGACAUACUAAAACACGCACCGUGCAACUAUUAACUUAGAAGAGUAAGAGUGUCAAAAUAGCUAUGUCUACACCAGUGCGCUUUCCUGUUCAUCUUGCGUCUUUCUCUAACGCAUGCCUGAGCAACCUGAACAGCAAAAUGAACAUGAAAGCGAAAUUGAAAGCGCACUGGUGUAGACAUAGCUAAUGGAAUAUAAAGAUAAAUACCCACAAUAUUCUCGCAGGCUUUUAGAAAAUAAUAAGUACCUGCUGCUAAUUGAAGAAACAGGAUUCCCGGUCGAAUCGAAUGGAAUUUAUUGAAAUUUAUAACAUAAUAAAAUUUAUUAUUAAUUUUGG